CCGCCCACCGCCCCCUCAGUGGUGCAGCCGCUCGGCGGGGAGGCGGCGGCGCCGCUCCCUUAGGCCGCGACGGCACCGGGGCAGGGGCUGCUGACAGACGGACGGACGGACGGACGGACAGACCGACCGACCGACCGACCGACCGACGGUUGAGCCAGCCGCCGAGCCGUUACUCAGCACAACCGACGACUCCUCCCCCCCCCCCCCUCCUCCCGGCGGCGGUUGGGGGCCGCCGGACGGGGGCUGAGGGCCCGCCGCAGAGGGAGGAGGACAGGAAUAAUUGCUUAUAUGAAAGAACUACGUUUGUGUUAUCCUAGGAAUCACAAUAUAAAUACUAGAAGAUGAAUAAUCUUUCCUUUAGUGAACUGUGUUGCCUCUUCUGUUGUCCGCCAUGCCCAGGGAAAAUCGCUUCCAAACUGGCAUUCUUACCUCCUGAUCCCACGUACACACUGAUGUGUGAUGAAAGUGGUAGUCGCUGGACUUUGCAUCUCUCAGAGCGAGCAGACUGGCAAUAUUCUUCAAGAGAAAAAGAUGCCAUUGAGUGUUUCAUGACUAGAACAAGUAAGGGUAACAGGAUUGCCUGCAUGUUUGUGCGUUGCUCGCCUAACGCCAAGUAUACUUUGCUCUUCUCGCAUGGAAAUGCCGUUGACUUAGGUCAGAUGAGCAGCUUUUACAUAGGACUGGGUUCACGGAUUAAUUGCAACAUAUUUUCAUAUGAUUAUUCUGGAUAUGGUGCAAGUUCUGGGAAGCCAACGGAGAAGAAUCUGUAUGCUGACAUUGAUGCUGCUUGGGUGGCUCUUAGGACAAGGUAUGGAAUCCGCCCUGAAAAUGUGAUUAUAUAUGGCCAAAGUAUAGGAACAGUACCAUCUGUGGAUCUUGCUGCUAGGUAUGAAAGUGCUGCUGUAAUUCUUCAUUCUCCACUGACCUCAGGAAUGCGAGUAGCUUUUCCUGAUACAAAGAAGACAUAUUGCUUUGAUGCAUUCCCAAACAUUGACAAAAUUUCUAAAAUAACAUCUCCUGUGUUAAUUAUCCAUGGGACUGAAGAUGAAGUAAUUGACUUUUCACAUGGCCUAGCAUUAUUUGAACGUUGCCAGAGACCUGUAGAACCACUGUGGGUAGAAGGAGCGGGCCAUAACGAUGUGGAACUCUAUGGACAGUACCUUGAAAGAUUAAAACAGUUUGUGUCACAGGAACUGGUGAACUUGUAAUUUUCUUUGUAUAUUUACAUGCUUUUUAAUUUCACUGCAGAACUGCACGCCUUGAUACAUACAUAACAUAAAACCUGAAGGUUGUGUUUUCAAAUCAUGUUGGUUGCCUUCAUUAAAUGUACAGGUAAUGAUUUGUCAACAUAAUUAAUGAAGGUUUUAAUGCCAGUAUUAUAAACUGGAAUUACACGAUCAUGCAGUCAAGCUUGGCAGUUCAUACUACUUUGUGUGAGGUUUUUCUUUUUAGAUGUCCAAAAAAAUCACAAGGAGUACUGUAUGAAAUUUUAAUUAUAUAAAAUCAAGUGCUGUAAAAGUGUUGCCGAAUGCUUUAGCAUAUAAAAAAUAAGUUUAUAAAUAUUUUUUAAACAUCUCAAAAUGUACUGUGACUUAUUCUAUUGCACAGGUGUAAAUUAAAAACCAGACUUCUAAGCAGUUGUCCUGUAAAAAUGCAAUAGCCAUGAAAUUUGAGCAAUUACUCAUGUAUGUAAUAAGAACAAACAGUCACUGGAAAGAACCUGUGCCCUGUUAUAGAGGGAGGGGAUCAAAAUAGAUCUCUUUGCAUAUAUUUCAUAUCUUUUGUGGUUAGUUAAACUUUAGUUGUUCUGUUUUCUUUGUGUGCUUUUUUUUAACCUGAAAAGGACAAAUUUGCCCAUGCAUCUUCUCAGCAGUCCUAAUCUUGCCAACAUAAUAUCAUAAGUUACCAUUGUAACAACAUAAAUAUCAUUCACGUGAUUGCUACUGAGGCCACUAAGUACUACUUUGAAACCAUUAAGGCUUUUAGAACCUAGAAAGCUUUGUGGGCAAUGUAGUUUUAAACAUUGAUUGGUUAGAGAUGCAAUAUUUCAAUAGAAAGAACCUGGAAGUUUAUCCAACUUUUUAAUAAACAAUUUGCAAGUUUGCAAUAGUCCGUUCAGACUUACUUUUGGAUGUUUAGUGUAAAGUUAUUUUUUUUCUUUGAGUAUUGUAUGGAAAUCUUACUAAUUGCUCCUGGACAGGAUGGGAGGUGGGACAAAAAGAGAAUGUUGACAUUUUUCUAUUAAUUCAUAGUAAAAUAAACUUUGUAAGUUGCCUUUCCCUUGAAUGCAUUUUGCUUGAAUAAAACUAUGAAAAAAUAAUGACAUGUAGCAUAUUUGUAAACAAAGUAAUAUUCUUACAAUACACACUGUGCUUCUAAUUUUAAGGCCUUAUGUAGUUUAAUUGUUCUACUUGUUUUGUGAUUGAGACUAUUGUAUAAUUAAAUGUAGCAUCAAGUAUUGUGAAAACUUUGGUUCGGUUAUGUUGAUUAACAGUAAACAAUAUUCCACACA